GGGCGGAGGCGGCGCGCGCUCGCGAGUGCGCCGCUCGGGAGCGCGCACGCAAGGCCGGGCUGCGCGCGCGCGCGGCUGGCGGAUCCUCGGCGCGGAGGCGGGGGCCGCGGAGAGAGGCUCAUCAAGCUUCGGUGGACCUGUUGCCCAGUUCUGAGAUCUUGAAGCUCUGCCCGGAGGAAGAUUAAAGCAGCAGUCUUGGCCAAAUAGGGGAUGGACCGUUUGGGUUCCUUUAGCAAUGAUCCCUCUGAUAAGCCACCCUGCAGAGGCUGCUCCUCCUACCUGAUGGAGCCUUACAUUAAGUGUGCUGAAUGUGGGCCACCUCCUUUUUUCCUCUGCUUGCAGUGUUUCACUCGAGGAUUUGAGUACAAGAAACAUCAAAGUGAUCAUACAUAUGAAAUAAUGACCUCAGACUUUCCUGUUCUUGACCCCAGCUGGACUGCUCAAGAAGAAAUGGCCCUUCUGGAAGCCGUGAUGGACUGUGGCUUUGGAAAUUGGCAAGAUGUUGCCAAUCAGAUGUGCACCAAGACGAAGGAAGAGUGUGAGAAGCACUAUAUGAAGCAUUUCAUCAAUAACCCUCUGUUUGCAUCUACCCUGCUAAACCUGAAACAAGCAGAGGAGGCAAAAACUGCUGACACGGCCAUUCCAUUUCACUCUGCAGAUGACCCGCCUCGACCCACCUUUGACUCCUUGCUUUCUCGGGACAUGGCAGGAUACAUGCCAGCUCGAGCAGAUUUCAUUGAGGAGUUUGACAAUUAUGCAGAAUGGGACUUGAGAGACAUUGAUUUUGUUGAAGAUGACUCGGACAUUUUACAUGCUCUGAAGAUGGCUGUGGUAGAUAUCUAUCAUUCGAGAUUAAAAGAGAGACAAAGACGAAAAAAAAUCAUAAGAGAUCAUGGAUUAAUCAACCUCAGAAAAUUUCAGUUAAUGGAACGGCGGUAUCCCAAGGAGGUCCAAGACCUUUAUGAAACAAUGAGGCGAUUUGCAAGGAUUGUGGGACCAGUGGAACAUGACAAAUUCAUUGAAAGCCACGCACUGGAAUUUGAGCUCCGAAGAGAAAUCAAGAGACUCCAGGAAUAUAGGACAGCGGGCAUUACCAAUUUUUGUAGUGCCAGGACCUACGAUCACUUGAAGAAGACACGAGAGGAGGAGCGUCUGAAACGCACCAUGCUCUCCGAGGUUCUGCAGUACAUCCAGGACAGCGGGGCAUGCCAGCAGUGGCUCCGCCGGCAAGCCGACAUUGAUUCCGGCCUGAGUCCUUCUGUUCCAAUGGCUUCAAAUUCAGGUAGACGAAGUGCGCCACCCUUGAACCUCACUGGGCUCCCUGGCACGGAGAAGCUGAAUGAAAAAGAAAAAGAGCUCUGUCAGAUGGUGAGGUUGGUCCCUGGAGCCUAUUUAGAAUAUAAAUCUGCUCUAUUGAACGAAUGUAACAAGCAAGGAGGCUUGAGACUGGCACAGGCGAGAGCACUCAUCAAGAUAGACGUCAACAAAACCCGGAAAAUCUAUGAUUUCCUCAUCCGAGAAGGAUACAUCACUAAAGCCUGAGACUCUACAGGGCUUGGAAUCAGAAGUCAGGUGUUUGGAAUGUAGUGAGCCACAGGACUGUGUGGGCCCUCAAGAGCUUUGUUUUCCAGCUGAGUUCUGAAAAGGAGAGAAGGACAAAGGAACCCCUCAAGUUGUAUUAACAUCUACUUUUCUUCCACCCUCCUUUAAACACUCCUGUUGUUAGUGUUGUACUGCAGAGUUGUGUGCUACCUAUGCUAUUAUUAAGUGUGAGUGGGCAUUCAUUCCUAGCACCUCUUGUAACUAAAACAAGAACCGUAGUACCUCACAUCACAGUGUUGGUAGAAGUAGAACCAAACCCAGUCUUCAGACAGAGGUCCAGCUCAGAUCCCUGUACUUGAGGGCUAAGUUUGCCAGUCGUCUGUUUUGCCUUCAAACUGCAGAUGGAUUUUAAAUAAAGAGAAAAGCUUUUAGAGCAUGCGAAAGCUUUCUCUUUCCUUGUAAGGAUUUUUAAAGUGACGACUUAGAUUUAAGGGCAAAGCGGAGCAAAGUCUCCCUGUGAAGGUCUUGUCCCAAACUGCGUUUUUGACUUUAAUGUCUGGCUUUGUACUUUGCCAUCUGGCUGUCUAAUCUGCAGUAGACUUUUGAGGAGGUGGCACCGGAUAUAAAAUGUCUCUGUUAUUUUUAGAAUUAAUGGAUUAAAAAUGUUUUGCUAUUUAAUUUGUGGGUGUGUCAAAUAUUCUUAGGGUGUUGGAUGCCCGCCGCAUCACGCUGCACUGUCUCUGCUGACAUGUGUGUCCUGGACUCACCCUGUCCUUACCCUGGGUUUCCCAGGAUACCAGGCCCCUGAGGAUGGAGAUGAUGCAACUAACCUCAGCUUUGCUUGGAUUGACACCGGAACCCUCGUUUCUCAAUGGUGAAAGGCUAGCCUGCAAUAAAAGCUGCUUUAAAAACAGAAGGAAAGCCGCUUCAUAUAUGAGACUCAGUAGAUACGAGGGUGAGUAGCCCCACCACAUCUGAGCCUUGGCCCUCAAGCCUCUCUGCAGAACAAGAAGCUGGACUCAUAGUCAUGGCUAUUUCAUUUCCAUCAGAAGCAAAGUUGCGCAUGGACUCUACCAGUCGCGUCUGAUAGCUGACGGAUUCCUCAGUUCCUCCAGCAGUCAAACGUCCAGUUAAAAUCUCUGUUCCUCGUUGGAAGCAUCUGCUCUCACUGGUGACUGAUGUAAAUAAUCACUACUCCUCAUCUUGGAAAAGAGAAAUGAAAAGGACGCUCUGAGGAUCUGAGGCAUUCAGGUGGAGGACUUCGGUUCUAUAAGAAGCAUGGCUUAGAAAUGGAUUCCACCGCCACCAUCAGGCUCACUGGUUGUGAAGGAUUGCCUGUCGUCCAUGGGAGGUCACUCCUGUGCAAACUUACGUUGGAUGAGACGGCAGUGUCAGGUGGUAUCUGUUGUGGUUUGAAGACUCCUUCAGUAAGGAGGGGCUCCUCGGAGAGGUGGGCUUUUGAGGCAAUAAUAAGAUAGAGAGGAAUGGCAGAUGGAAGCAGGAGACUGUUCCAGACAUAGUGGGUGGGAGACGGUGUGGAGGCAGCAGUGGGAGUAGAGAAAACAGUGCCAAGAGAUGUAUUUGGCUAGAACGCCCGGGGCAGCUGUGGUAGCUGAGGGGGAGGAUGGGAGGACUGUCUGAUGGAAACCUGGGAACCAGUUGCUCUUGGAAAAGUGAUGGGGAAUCAUUUGAUGAGGAAAAUGGCACACUUGAAAAGUGAUAGAAUAAGACUGUAAUUUCAAAUGACUAGACUUUACACAAUAGGAUUGUUAGUCCUUUGACAAGUUUAACUGCCAAAUAGAAGACUUUGUAACCUUAGUGGGUUUCUUUCUUUCUUUUUUUUUUUUUUAAGAUUCACUUAUUAUUGAAAGGCAGAAGGCCGGAUUACAGAGAGACAGACAGAGGGAGAGAGAUCUUCCAUCUAUUGAUUCACCCCCUAAAUGGCCACAACAGCUAGAGCUGGGCCAGUCUGAAACCAGGAGCAGGGAACUGUAGGUGGCAGCUCUACCUGUUACACCAUGGCACUGGCCCCCCUAGUGGGCUUCUUAAAAGUCAAGCCAUACUGCCUUUAUAAUAGAAAAAUACUCGGCCGGCACCGCGCCUCAGUAGGCUAAUCCUCUGCCUGCAGCGUUGGCACCCUGGGUUCUAGUCCCGGUCGGAGAGCCAGAUUCUGUCCUGGUUGCUCCUCUUCCAGUCCAGCUCUCUGCUAUGGCCUGGAAGGGCAGUAGAGGAUGGCCCAAGUCCUUGGGCCCUGCACCCGCAUGGGAGACCAGGAGAGGCACCUGGCUCCCGGCUUCGGAUCAGCGCAGCACGCUGGCCACAGCGGCCAUUGGAGGGUGAACCAACGGAAAAAGGAAGACCUUUCUCUCUCUCUCUCUCAUUGUCCACUCUGUCAAAAAAAAAAAAAAAAAAAGAAAGAAAGAAAAAUACUCACUGAUAUUUGGUGUGGCUGGCUGUAAUUAUUCCCUCCCAUGUUCUUAGCACCUAGACAAGAUCAUUCUUCAGAAAUGAAAACCCAGAGCUAGCAAAUGCUUUUCAAAAAACAUGCCAGCACUGUGGCAUAGUGGGUAAAGUCGCUGUCUGCAGUGCCGGCAUCCCAUAUGGGCACUGGUAUGAGUCCUGGCUGCUCCACUUCCUAUCCAACUCACUGCCCAUGUGCCUGGGAAAGCAGCAGAAGAUGGCCCAUGCACCCAUAUGGGAGACCCAGAAGAAACUCCAGGCUCCCAGCUUUGCAUGGGCCCAGCUCGGCCAUUGCGCCCAUUUGGGGAAUGAACCAGCAGAUGGAAAGUCUCUGCCUCUGUAAGUCUGCAUUUCAAAUUAAAAAAAAAAAAAUCUUUCAACCUUUGCUUAUAGAUCGGGUUGGACAUAAACCAACUACACUGUUAGAAGCCUCUCCUAAGCCAGAUCCCCCCGAAGAGGGAGAACUUAAACUCAGCAGCAUGAAUGCAGACCUUUUACUGAAUUUAACACUAAAAGUUUCUGCUGGAGUCUACAUAUCCUUCUCUCCCAGUAGUGGGAAAUACAGAACAAGUCUGUUUCCACGUGAUGACUUUCUGUUGUGGCACAGUAGAUUAAGCUUCCACUUGCAAGCCUGCAUCCCAUAUCUGAGUGCCAGUUCAAAUCCUAGCUGCUCCGCUUCCAGUCCAGCUGAUGCAUCCUGGGAGGCAACAGUGAUGGCCCAAGUGCUUGGCCCCCUGCCACCCACGUGGGACAUGCAGAUGGAGUCUGGGUUCCUGGCUAGUCCCUGCUGUACAGGCACUUGAGGAAUGAACGAAUGGAUGGCAGAUACCUUUCUGUCUCUGUCUUUCUCUCUUGCUCUUCCUUUCAAGUAGAUGAAAAUCAACAUUUAAGAAAUUAGAGGUAGCCAGUGCUGUGGCCUUAGUAGGCAAGUGCCAGCAUCCCAUAAGGGCUCUGGUUCGAGUCCCAGCUGCUCCCUAUAUGAUCCAACUCUCUGCUAUGGCCUGGGAAAGCAGUAGAAAAUGGCCCAAGUGCUUGGACCCGUGCAUCCCCAUGGGAGACCUGGAAAAAGCUCCUGGCUCUUGGCUUUGGAUAGGCCCAGCUCCAGCCAUUGCAGCUAUUUGGGGAGUGAACCAUGAAUGGAAGGCCUCUCUGUCUCUCCCUCUCUCUAUCUGUAACUUUGCCUCUCAAGUAAAUAAAUAAAUUAAAAAAAAAAAUUAGAAAAAGACUAAGACCAUCUCUUCUUAGAGGCCUGUUCACACAAAUGCUGUUUAUCCUGUCCCAAGUUCUGGUUUCCAUCCUUUUGUUGCUUACUUCCUCCCUCAUUUUUCUAAAACCUGGCCUCAGGGCGCCAGUCCUUGUGUUCUGCCUCAGCUGGUGGGUCAGCGGGCAGAGGGGCAACCGCAAGGCAUCCGUCAGUUCCAGCAGAAUCCCAAUUGGUAAGUCAGUGUAACCAGGAAGCUGGAGUCUCCAGGGUGAAGAAUCAGAGGCCCAAAUUACACGGCUGCUUGGUAAAACUGGUUCCUGUUUACCCCUAACAAACGCUUUGACUCACCUCUGGGCAGGAGAGUGGGACGUGUUCUAAGCAGCAUUCCUAGAAGUUAAGAGGUGAGAGAGAUGGAUCUGGAAGCUCUGCUGUGCUUUCCUGUGUGCUUAGCCAGCUGUAGCCAACCCCUCCCAGCUCUGCUGCAAAGGCCCAGCCUUGGAAGAGUGUGGCCCCGCCGUGUCUGUGGCCUUGUGUAGAAAGUGGCCCAGCUAAGGUGAAAACUUUCUCUUUAGUCAGACACGGUAAGCAAUUCUUUGGAGUGAAACUGAACAUGACGUUAGAGGAGCGCCUGGGUAUUAGCAGCCGCACUGCCAUCCACAUGUGACGGGGGUUGAGCAGAGUAGUAAGAGCUGUUAGCUGGGGAGUACUUUGGAUGCUAAGUAGUGUCCUUGAAAUACUCGUGUGCGGAAGAACUGAACUGUUAGCGUGCUGCCUCUGGGGAGGGCACUUCCAUAUCUUGUGGCCUGGGGUUCUCUGUUUCCUCGUUGCCCUGGCUUCCAGCAGUUGAGGUGUCCACAGUGAGAGGGUCCGCUGCCCUCUGGUUUGAUUGACUAAGGUUCCAAAUCACACUCCUAGGUAUUUAAGGGAAGAAUGAAGGUCUUGCAUCUGACAUCUUUUGUCAGGGGGAGUUAAUUCGUUCUUAGGCAUUGUGUACCAGGCCCUGCUCCCUGUUGAGAGCAGGAAUCAGGAACUGGAGGUGAGAAUGCAGACAAAAGGUCCACCGAAAGGUUAAACCCAAAACUGACAGCCACAGGCAUCGCCAGACUUGGUAGGCCUGUGCUGAGGGUCCCUGUACUGCCAGACUUUGCCAGGCCAGGCUUGUCUUUCAGGACUGCUUAAUUGAGUCUGAAGCAUGCACUUUCUGUUUUUGAGCUCAGGAUGGAUUUCUGUGUCACCAAACUAUCAUUUGGUUGAACUAAUCUCGUUCAGCAUUUAUUUUUUUCUAUUUUUUUUUUUAAGAUUUAUUUAUUUGAAAGUCUGAGUUACACAGAGAGAGGAGAGGCAGAGAGAGAGAGAGAGAGGUCUUCCAUCUGCUGGUUCACUCCCCAAAUGGCCACAAUGGCUGGAGCUGUGCUGAUCCAAAGCCAGGAGCUUCUUCCAGGUCUCCCACGUGGGUGCAGGGGUCCAAGCACUUGGGCCAUCUUCUGCUUUCCCAGGCCACAGCAGAGAGCUGGAUCGGAAGUGGAGCAGCCAGGACACAAACUGGCGCCCAUAUGGGAUGCCAGCACUGCAGGCGGCAGCUUUACCCAUUGUGGCACAGUGCCGGCCCCCAGCAUGUCUUUUUAAUUUAGAUUUUUCACAAACUUAAAAAGAUUUUUAUUCAUUUUCAUUUUAUUUUAAAUGCUGAAAGACACCUUCCAUCUACUAUUUCAUUCCCCAAAUGUCCGCAACAACCAGGGGUGAGCCAGACCAAAGCCAGGAGCCCAGAACUGAAUUCGGGUCUUCCAUGGGGGUGGAAUGGACCAAAGUACUUGAGUGGUCAAUCAUAUGUUGUUCUCCAGGGUGUGCAUUAGCAGGAAGCUGGAAUCGGAAAUGGAGCUGGGACCUGAACCCACACACUCCGAUGUGGGAUGUGGCAUUCCAAAGGGCAUUUUAACCACUGUACCAAGCACCAGCCCCUCAUCUCUUGUUUUUAACCAAUCAAUUCAUCUUGCCUUGGUCUACCCUGAGAUCCUUAUGUGACAAACUUCUAGAUCCUACCCUAAUUAUCCCGUAUUGGUCCAAAGUUAAACAGAAUCAGCAUCUUUUAAAAAAAUAAAAAGAUUUAUUUAUUUAUUUGUAAGUCAGAGUUACACAGAGGAGAGGCAGAGAGAGAGAGAGAGAGGUCUUCCUUCCGAUGGUUCACUCCCCAACUGGCCGCAAAGGCCAGAGCUGUGCUGAUCCAAAGCCAGGAGCCUUUUCCAGGUCUCCCACACAGGUGCAGGGGCCCAAAGAGUUGGACCAUCUUGCACUGCUUUCCCAGGCCAUAGCAGAGAGCUGGAUUGGAAGUGGAGCAGCCGGGUCUUGAACCGCGCCCAUAUGGGAUGCCGGUGCUUCAGGCCAGGACGGUUAACCCACUGUGCCACAGCGAGGGCCCCAGAAUCAGCAUCUUAAGAAGUGUGGAAAGAAGACCUUAUUGUUGUUUUAAGAAACCAACACUUUAGCCGGCGCCGCGGCUCAAUAGACUAAUCCUCCACACGCGGCACUGGCACACCGGGUUCUAGUCCCGGUCGAGGUGCUGGAUCCUGUCCCGGUUGCUCCUCUGCCUGUCCAGCUCUUUGCUGUGGCCAGGGAGUGCAGUGGAGGAUGGCCCAAGUGCUUGGGCCCUGCACCCGCACGGGAGACCAGGAGAGGCACCUGGCUUCUGGUUUUGGAUCAGUGUGGUGUGCUGGCCGCAGCAGCCAUUGGGGAGGGGGGUAGUGAACCAACAGAAAAGGAAGACCUUUCUCUCUCUCUCUCUCUCUCUCUCACUGUUCACUCUGUCUGUCAAAAAAAAAAAAAAAACUUUAAUAAAGCAAAAAUGCUGAAAUGCUGUCAUCACCCUUGUUCAGUGAACCCACAGCUAAGUGCCAGCUCUAAUGCAUUUCUCUUCCUCUGGGAGAGCUGGAUGCCAAGGGUGCACCCCGAUUCUGAAGUUGUCUGGAAUGACCUAUGCCUCUCUUCUCUCUCGCUGAGCACUACUGAUUUGGAUUGUUCCCUCUGUUACCACCCUUCAUUUAAGGAAUUCCUUGAAAACAUGAAUUAAAAAAUAAAAAUGGGGUCUGGGCUGCAGAACUUAAUGUCCCUUUUAAAAAAACUGACUUUGAAUUGGGGCCAAAGAGUUUAAUGUGUUUACUUCAGUUGCUAAUCUUAGGAAAUUGUCAAAGAUGAACAGGGCAAUUUCCAGGGUUAUUUAAUAGCUUUUCCCCAAAAUGUAUUGAAAAAGAGUGAAAAGUUCAGGUGCUGUGAUGACAUCAGCUCUCAAGUACCAAGGGCCUUGGAGGUGGGUGAACUGAUCUGAACUUUGAGCAGCCAAGGAGGGGGCAGCAGCAUCCUGAGGCUGACAUCCUGGGAAUUUGCUGUUUGCUUUGGAGAGGUGGGGUCAUGGCGCUUCCACACAAUGUCCCUUCUUAGAAGCCACUUUUUAACCUAGGGCAAGCUACAGCAGAUAAAGCCAUUCCUGGAGUCCCUGUGUAUCUAAGCUCCAGUCAUCUUCACCCGGCUUUGCCACGUCUGGAUGAGCACAGCUUCAGAUCCAGGACACUUGUCAGAUCCAAGUGGGUUUUAAUCUCAUGAUGCAAAGCAAAAAUGCUUUUAAGAGCAAAAUCUCCCAGGAGUACCGCCGCCCUCAGCCACUGCAGACGAGGAGGCGUUUGUGGGAGAGAAGGGUGGCUACAGACGUCAUUGCAGCAUCCAGAUCCCAGCUGUGACCUGGCUCAGAGUUUUGCAGUUAAAAAUAACCAUGGCUUCGAGUUGGGGGUGGGGGUGGGAGUAAACUGUUGCAUUUCCAUGGAAACUAGGAGGUUGGGGGAAGGGGGAGAGGGAAGUAGGCAACUGAUUUCUAGCACAUGUGGCACAAUGAGGUGGAUGUAGGAGCCCAGGAGCUUAGAGGGCCUCUGAUGAGAGGUGAUACCCCUAAUAGGCAUCCAGGAUGUAGCCAGACACUGCCCCAGGGCUCUGGAGACACUGUUUGCAUCACGGAAGUGUCUACAACAACAAGUACAUCUUGGUUCUGCUGAAGAAUGUGUUUCAGGCUCCUGGCUUCCUGUAGCAGACUUGUUACUAUCUGGCAAAGCAAAGAGUCGAUGAGCAACACACUAGGUUACAUGUCGCCUCUCAACCAGCCUGGGCGCCUCUGCUACCCUACCAUUCCCAGACCUCUGCUUCCUGUUGCACAGGCAGCAGCCUGACAGUUUAUAACUACAGUAGAAGCCUCCAGGCUUCGGGACUGGUUUGGACCUUUUACUACUUCUGGGACCAGGUUUUUUCUCUCUGGUGUUGCAAGAAAUUAUGCAAAGCAGCAGUCAUUACCUUGGAUGUUUUUAAAAGUACUUGUAUGUCUCAUACCACUUCUGGUAUGCUUACCACCAAGCGUAACCAACUCCUGGAAGGAAGUAUUUUAGGUCUCCAUUUCUCCGCUUCUAAAUGGUUUAUUUAAAAAAUAUUUUUUCAGGUGGGUCAUAUCCAAGUAGCAGCUUGAGUCACAGCGACUCUGCUUCCGAUCCAGUUUCCUGCUAAUGCACCCUGGGAGACAGCAGGAGAGUGCUUGGUCUCUGCCGCCCUCAUAGGUGACCCAGAUGGAGGUUCCAGGCUCCCGCCUUUGGCCUGGCACAGCCUUGGCUGUUCUGAGCAUCUGGGGCUGAACUAGUGAGUGACUGGAAGCUCUUGCUCUCUCACUCUCUUUCUCUCUGUUGCCCUGCCUUUUAAGCAGCUAAAAAAUAUUUUUUAAAUACAUGAAUACAUUUUAUUGUACAAAGACAUUUUUUAAAGAUUUUUUUAUUUUGAAAGGCUGAGUUACAGAUGCAAAGGAGGGGAGGAGAGGUAGGGAGACAGAUCUUCCAACUGCUGGCCAGGGCUGAGCCAGGCCAAAGCCAGAAUCCAGGAGCUUCAUCCAGGUCUCCUACACGGAAAGUAGGGGCCCAAACACUUGGGUCUUCCUCCAUUGUUUUUCCUAAGCCAUUAGCAGAGAGCUGGAUUGGAAGUGGGGCAGUGGGGACACAAACCAGUGGGAUGAAACACCACAUGAGGGGCUUUACAAUCUAAGCCAUAACACCAACCUCAUCUUGGGCAAGUUUCUUAACCCCGCAUGUCUGAAGUGUGGCUGGUAAUGCCUACUUGCCUGGGUGUGGCAACGAUCAAAUGAGACAAGUAAUAGAACAUGCCUGGUGCCUCCCUUCUUUCUUCUCCCAUUGAGCCUUUGGUAUUUUCUUGUACCACACAUGUAAUGGUAAAAGCUCACAGAGGGGCACUACGAUCUGGAAGACACAAAUGUAAAACAGGUGCCUUUUGCAAGAAUGUUGUUUGUCUUGGAUUCUCAUUACUGCAUCACUGCCUCAGCCCUAGGGAUGAAUUAAGUGCGUAAAAUGCAGACAGAUUUUAAAUUUACAUUGUUACCCUAGACAUGUUGUAAUAUUCCGUCAAAUAAUGCCUACCUCAAAAAGUGUGAUGUCAGCUUACAAUGUUGUUUGUACACUAUUUUAAUUACUUAAGACUUUAAAAUCUUGUAUAGGAAAAAGACCAAAAAAAUCCAGGUACUAAUCAUUGUUUUUAAGUAAUAAAAUUAUGAUGGAGGUGC